CUACUCAAUCAAUUACAUUGCGUGUCUUCAUGACAGAGCACUUCCUACUUUCUUUGUUUGGCACAUUGUCAUUAAAUCUAAGAGAACAUCAUAAAAGACGCUAUAAAAUUAUUGAUUUGAUCACUAUUGUUACAUGUUGGUAUGACUGAGUUCACGAGCCCUCACGGCAAGCGAAUGCCGAUUCUUGUUUUGCGUUUGGUAACACUGGCAGUGUUGGUAGCAGCGCUGACUAUGCACAUGCGUUCUGUACGCGUGUUCCGGUGGGAACAGUCCGUGUCCGGCGGGAUACUAGUCACGUAUUGCGUCGUAUCGCUCGGUCUCACGCUGUGUGCUGGCACGGAGAACUGUGGCGGUCAGGCUUUGCAAGCAUUUCUGUGCGGCGCAGGCGCAGCGAUUUUCGCUGUCAACGCAACUGUAAUAUGGCGGCGCUGGCGUCGCGCCAGCGAGCUGACGCGGGUAGUGGCCGAGCUCCUCUUCGCUAUGGGGGUACCAUUAAAAAGACAUGUUCGGAUCAAGGUCUUUUUGAGUGGCAUAGCCGCUGCUGCGUUACUACUGGAUCUAGCGUUAGCACCAUUACUCGGUCAAGCACUUGCCACAGUAAACACUUAAACCACUAUUUGAUAAUACUUGUAUUAUUAAUGUCACGGUUCUUUUAGACUUC